AUGCCAGCACUCGUUAUCUUGACACUUCUGGUCUAUAUCAUCAUUGGUAUUGGAAAACGCAGUAAUUUCUUUAAAGCUGAGGUGCAAAUGCCAAGGCGGCCCGUUAAUCAUGGACUCCUGGACUGUGUUACUCCCCACAGCACACUUCUUGGUUACGCCAGUGGUAUUCCAGCGUAUAGUAACUGUCAUCGUCUGUGGAGUUCUGAUGUCAUGGCGUUUGCUUCGCUCGCUUUCCCAGAUGACGUUCUAAAAGAACCCUUUCCUCUUGGAGAUCGUCGACAAUUGUCUACUGGUAAAUGCUGGGUGGCUGCAGAGUACGUUUCCCGCUUUUAUUACCUUAUGCGUGGUUUGGUGUUUUAUUAUGACUCAGCAGAAGUCAGACAGUUUUGGUCAACCAUAGAGUUCUAUUCAACGGAGGGUGAUAAACGCAAGUACGAGGUAAUAGAGUUGCCUAAUUAUAAGGAGGUGAAAACAGCAAAAGAACGAAAACGUCUGGCCCCAAAGUUUGCAGAUGUUGUGGUGUGGGCCUCGCAUCCAGAGCGUGAACUUGACGAGGGACACGCCGCUGUUGUGGUUCAUGUGGAAGAUGAUGUGGAGGCCGCAGGCGGAGAGGCACAACUGCGUGAAAUGCAGAAGGAACACACACAGCCACAGUUGGUGUACAUUGCGGAACAGAACUUUGAUAAUAAAGACUGGGAAGGAAAGAAUUACUCUCGUGUACUGCGGUUCUCGUGGAAGAAUGGAAAGGAGAUGUUAUUGGAGGAUUCGGAUGAUUAUAAUAUCAUUGGGAGAGUGCGACCUGGUAAGGUGAAACGUGAUGAUAUGGAUGAGGGUGAUCUUUAA